AUGUUCACCUCUGGAAAGAGGAAAGUGGAUGCAUUCAGUUGCACAUCCGCCGCUAGGGUCACCGCCAGACUGGCCUUGUCCUUUCUCGCUCUCUCAACAACAACACCAGUCGUCAACGCCUUCUCCUACGAUGAACCGAAUGCCCAGAUAGUCAUACCGAUCGAGGCGCGACCAAUACAGCCCUUGAUACCAGAGCCUCCAGCACCGGCUGAACACAAAUUCACACUUCGACAUAUCUACCACCAUGGUACCUACCAACACCCGACACUUCACCGAAAGAAGGACAUACCCGCAAAGAACGCAGACAUAUGGCUAGCAGCCGACGACGAAUAUGGCGAGGAGCGCAUUGGAACCCUCAAGGCGCGCAGCAGCCCGAUGCGAAUACAACGACUUGCCGACCGCAGGCCUAGCGUCGUAGACCCCAUGGUCGCUUAUGCACGACAACAAGGUUACGCUUCCGUCCUAUCACCCGAAGCAUGGACAAUGGACGAGGUUGCCGGACCCGACAUCACGGAUAAAGACACCAUCAUAUCGCUGGCGCUCAUGGCUGCCGACGCCUACGUACAGACUCCGGAUGGCGCAGACUGGGUGGAUGUCGGGGACCAGUUUAACAGGAGCCUCGAUUUUGGAUGGGAGGGGGAUGGACUUCGGGGUCAUGUGUUUGCCGAUGAGACGAAUUCGACCAUCGUCAUCGGAUUGAAGGGAACAUCGGUUGCUGUUUUUGACGGGGACGGCACUACCACCAACGACAAGGUCAACGACAAUCUCUUUUUCAGCUGUUGCUGUGCUCAACAAGGACCCUGGACCUGGCACCAGGUUUGCGAUUGCGCGACAGGCACUUACUCUUGCAAUAACACCUGCGUCGUCCAAGCAUUGCGGGACGAGAACCGCUAUUACCAAGCCGGUCGCGAGCUCUAUGCGAACGUCACUGAGCUUUACCCCGAAGCCAACGUGUGGAUUGUUGGGCACUCGCUUGGAGGAGCUAUGAGCUCUUUGCUGGGCUUGACUUAUGGUGAUCCAGUCGUGACCUUCGAGGCUGUUCCCGAAGCCCUCCCUGCUAAGCGACUUGGACUUCCUAUCCCUCCCGGAUCUGACCCUGAUGCGCCUCAGACGCGAGAGUACACGGGAGCUUUCCACUUUGGUCACACAGCCGAUCCGGUGUACGUCGGUACCUGUAACGGAGCUACCGCAUCGUGCGCUAUUGGCGGAUAUGCAAUGGAGUCAGCUUGUCAUACCGGCCGUGAGUGUGUCUAUGACACGGUUGCCGACUUAGGCUGGCGUGUCGGCAUUGGCACCCACAAGAUCCGUGCGGUCAUUCGUGAUGUCCUCCGGAAGUAUGAGAAGGUUCCCGAGUGCAAGUUUACACCGGAAUGCAGAGAUUGCGGAAACUGGAAGAUGUAUGAAAGCAACGGAACCGAAACCACGACCACUUCGAACGCGCCUACUUCGACUUCCAAGACCCGUACCCGGACGGAAACCUGCAAGACUCCGGGCUGGUGGGGAUGUUUGGAUGAAACCACCACCACAACCGGAACGGCAACCACAACGACAAGCGAAGUGACCACAACUUCCACCACUACAUGCCACACUCCUGGCUGGUUCGGUUGCAAGGACAAGACUACAACCUCGACUACAUCAUCAACAACUCCUACCCCGACAACAAGCAGCACUACCUGCCUAACUCCCGGAAAGUUCUGGGGGUGUUAUGAUAAGACGGCAACGACAGAUGUCGGAUCACCAUCCACUUCGGCAGAGCUUACGAUUACCUCAGCCCCAGCCCUACCGAGCUCAGUGCUUACCCCGUCAGCAACGGCUACUUCGACAGAGGGAGGACAGCCAGGGCAGCCCGAGGACAGCGGUAAACAACGUUGCCGUGGGAGGACAUGGUACGGUGUGUGCAAAGACUACGAGGGCGAUGAUGAUAAGCCCACUAACGAUCUAUAA